ACAGCUGCUGAGAAGUUUCUACUAGAGUGCCAGACAAAGAAAAGGUUCCAGGACCAUGGUCUCAUGGCUCGGUCUCUGGAAAUAAGUAGAAGUAUUAAGGUGGAAAACCUUCCUGCUGAGUGUGCUAAUGAUUUUCUAGAACUUUACUUUGAUAAGUGGGGUGGAGCAGUGGAGAAACUCGACACAAUACCAGAUGAGCAGGCUGCCAUCGUCACCUUUCAUGAUCAAGAGGACUGAAACAGGAAGUGACUUAGCAGCUGUCUUACUGCCACCAGAUGAGACCCAGGAUGAAUCCAAAGCUGUGGUUCUGGAGAAAAUGCCAGAGAACUUUACCAGAGAGGUCCUUAUGAUCUUAGUGGACAGUAUCUGUGGUCUUUCUGACAAUGAAUAUUUCUUGGAGUUAAUUCCAGAAUCAAACACUGCUGUUGUGACCUUUAAUGACCCCAGCGCUGCAGAAACGUUCUUCAUAAAGUGCAGGAGUAAAGAAAAGUAUAAAGAUUAUGGACUCACAGCUCGGGCUCUGGAGAAAAGUAAAAGUGUUAAGGUGGAAAACCUGCCGGCUCAGUGCCCUGAGGACUUGCUAGAACUAUACUUUGAUAACUGGGGUGGAAUGGUGGAAAGAAUUGACACAAUACCAGACGAGCAAGCCGCCAUUGUCACCUUUCAUGAUCAAGAGGGUAAACAUUUUUUUGUGUGGCCUAAGAACUACAACGAAUGAGUUAUCACACUUGGUUAUACUUCAAUUUCAGCAUGGAUGAAUGUUAAUACA